AUGAAGCUCUCUAACAUAUUCCAGAGGCCGCCUCGUUAUGUCGUGGCUAGUAUUUUGUGCUCCCUCGGGGGGUUUUUGUUCGGAGUUGACACCGCAAUCAUUGGCCCAGUGACUGUGAUGCAGUCAUUUACCAGUGCAUUCGGCCAUCCAAGUCCCACGCUUCAUGGACUGAUUGUAUCUUCGAUUCUUAUCCCUGCCGCCAUUUCCUCCUUUCUAGCUGGCCGUGUUGCAGAUGUGCUCGGCCGGCCUCCAGCGAUCGCCAUCGGUUCUGCUAUUUUCGGCCUUGGUGCUGCGAUUGAGGCUGCUGCGGUGCACCUCGGCAUGUUUGUUGCUGGCCGAGUGGUUGCCGGUAUUGGUGAAGGCCUCUAUUUGGGCACCUUGGUCGUGUACAUAUGUGAAAUCUCGCCCGCCAGGCACCGUGGAAGCCUCACCACUGGACCCCAGCUUCUCAUCACUUCUGGGCUCGUGGCUGGUUUCUUUACAUGCUACAGCUCUGUGAAAAUUGUCACUACCCUCUCCUGGCGGCUGCCAUUUAUCCUCCUUGCUUCAUACUCUGCUACCUUUGCAGUGAUUGCCUACGUGUUUUUGCCACCUUCUCCAAGAUGGCUAGCUGAUGUAUACGGCCAAAACACAACUGCAAUUGACGCAGCAUGGGAUCGUUUGGGUGUUUUGCAUGCUGACCGAGAAGAUAUGCCUCAGCCAAAUGAGAGAGAGGAGCCUAAGACAAGAUCUAAGAUGCUCGAUGUCCUUUCUGCCGAAGCCCGACCAGGUUUCCUACUUGGUAUCUUCCUUAUGGGUAUGCAGCAGCUAAGCGGAAUUGAUGGUGUUCUUUAUUAUGCCCCUUUACUGUUCCAACAAGCUGGCCUCACUUCCGCAGGCGAUACAUUCCUUGCAUCAGGUGUCUCCGCUAUAGUUAUUUGUGCUGUUACAAUCCCUGCUACGAUCUGGGCAGAUAGCUGGAGUCGUCGCCGUAACACAAUAUAUGGUGGGAUUGGAAUGGCCACAGCCAUGUUUGUUAUUGGUGGGCUGUACGCUGGAGAUGCAGUACAUUCCUACGGCCCUGGGCGCUGGGUUGUUGUCGUCUCUAUUUACAUCUAUACGGUCAUCUUUUCUAUCUCUUGGGCUGUUGCCGUCAAAAUUUAUGCUGCUGAAAUCCAGCCACAGAAAACUAGAGCAAGCGCUACCAGCCUCGCCCACGGUAGCAACUGGGUCACUAACUUCCUCGUCGCCCUCAUCACGCCAACACUGCUCGCAAAUACUAGUUACGGCGCCUAUUUUCUUUUCGGCAGCUGUACCCUUGCCACAGCUAUAGUUUGUUGGUUCUUUAUGCCUGAAACUCGCGGCCGUACACUGGCUGAAAUACAACAGGCCCUUCGUGCUAGUCGUUCUACUGGGGUUGAGACUCCUGCAACCGCGCUCUGGAGAAGGGCACGGAGAGCCCCUGCUAUUACAGUGACGGAGAAUUGA